ACUUAAAAAUAUAUGGCUUCUGGUGUACAAAAUUAUUUUUAAUAAUACAAAAUGGUACACGAUAAGUACAAAUUAGUACAUAUUCAGUUGUAUUUAGUACUAAUUAAAUCUGUUUUUAUCUUCAAUUUUUUAAUGAUCUUUAUUCUGUCCGCUUCGUAUUAAGUUAACAGGAUCAAGAGUUUUUUUUAAGUAACAAGGGGUACAAAAUUAUUUUUAAUGGUACAAAAUGGUACCCAAUAAGUACAAAAUAAUACUAUAAAUUUAAUUCAAUUUUAUUGAUUUGAUUCUUAAGAAACCAAAGAAAAAUGUUACUUUUAAGGCUAAUUGAAAUAGGAGUUGUUUUAAGGGGACGACAGAAAUAUUUCAAUACGUUUUAAAUGGUACAAAUUAAUACAUAUUCAGUACUAAUUAAUCCACUUUAUUUAAAAUUUUUUAAUUAUUUUUUUGUGAUCCUGCUAGCUUCAUAUUAAGCAGCGCCACAAGUUUCUUUUAAACGGCACAGGCUACAAAAUUAAUUUUAGUGGUACAAAAUAGUACCAAAAAAGUACUGAAUAUUUCAUUAGGUCUGAUUAGGUCGUAUUCGAUUUUGCUGAUUUGGUCCUGCCAGCUUCAUAGAGCUCUAUUUAUCUCAUCUUGAUUCGUGACCGUCAGAGUAAUUGGUUAAAAUAUGACCCCCGUCAUAUUUACACUCUCUAUCAGGCUUAAUCAUUCCACUCACGAAGUCUCUGUGAAGACUGUUCAGUGAAGAUAUAUUAAAGUGACAAUGCCGUACGUGUCACAGUGUAACAACGUACAGUAUCUCACGUUUACAGACUCUUAGAUUCAUACGAUUUGCAUGUUGUACUACUAAUUAAAAUGGCUCGCACUGAAGAUUAUAACAAAUGGAGUGAAGAGAUAAUAUCAAAAAUUGUUGAGAAAUUCGGACGGAACAUUGACGAAGUUCAAUACAAAAUAUCCGGACAAAGCGAUUUUGUUAUGUCUUCCAUGUAUUAUAUAAACGUAAAGUUUAAGAAUAAGACAAAAGAUCAGAGUGAAGAAUAUUCUAUAAUAUUAAAAAGAUCUGUACAGGAAGAAGUUUUUAGCGAGGUAACCCGCAACGACUGUCAAUUCCAUAAUGAAAUUUUAUUUUACCGAAUGUACGCCCAACCUGGGGAGAACUUUGCGAGAUGCUUCUACAUCAAUGAACAACCACCCAACAAUUCAGUGAUCGCUUUGGAGAACACCAAUGAACGUGGAUAUUAUCCUUAUCCACGUAAAUACAACGCUCCUUUAGAAUAUACAUUGGCGGCGAUGUGCGAAAUGGGACGAUUCCACGGUAAAGGAUAUGUUAUGAAGCAGCUGCAGCAAGAAAAAUUUUUCGGUAUCGUAAAGCAACUUCAAGAAACUAAAUACGACGAAACAAUGGAUCACGAGCGAAAAGCCUUUUUCAACAUAACCUCAACGCGAGCGGUGGAAUAUCUUCGCAAUCAUGAUUAUGAUGUAACUUUCUGCGACAAGAUGCAAGCCUUACUCUCAAAUGCGUUUGAUGAAAUAAUGAUAAAAACAUUGAAGCCGCGAGAACCAUUGUCCACGCUGUGUCACGGCGACUUUACAUUAGCCAAUACUCUUUUCAAGACGGAAAACGGUGAACAUCACGCAAUGCUGAUUGACUUCGGGGUUCUAAAUUAUGCAACGCCUGUAGUCGAUCUUUCCACGUAUCUCUGUCUCUGUUGCUCGAAUAAAAUAAGACGAGAUAAAUUCUUCGAGAUCAUACGAGCCUAUCAUGAUGCGUUAAAGGAGUAUCUUUUAGAAGCUGAUAUUUGGGAUAACGAGAAAUAUUCGUACGACACUUUGCUGGAAGAUUAUAGGAGAGGUGCUCUUUUUGGUUUCGUUAUCGCAUCUUUUUAUUUACCAAUAUUAAUAAAAUCUCAAGGCCCCACCAAUGAUAUGAAAAUAUUAGGAUUUGGAAAAACAGGACUCAUUGAAGGAGCAAAACGAAAUAAGCAAUUUGGCGGAGAUGAAAUGUCCCAGGAAUUAGCUGAAUUGUUGUUACAUUUGAAAGAUCUUGGCUGUUUAAAAUAUUAUUUAUAAUAGAGCAAUUUUAUUUCAUAAUGUCAGAGUAUUAAUUAAUAAUUAUAAAUUACAAUAAUUAAACUUUAAAUAGUUAACUAAACAACAAUAAUAAG